ACAAGCGAGGAAUGGAAUAUUCAUUGCUUCAGAAGCGUGCAGUGCCGGUGUUUGACUCGCCGAUUCCAACUACGGCCGCCCGUACUGCCGGGAUUCGUUCUCCCGCCCUUCACACUUCCGUCGUGAGAGAUGGCCGGCGAAGCACAAGAUCAAGGCCAUAGAUUCUUCGUUGCAGUUCACGUUGGCGCCGGAUUUCACGCACCUUCCAAUGAGAAAGCCCUCAGGUCGGCCAUGAAACGCGCUUGUUUGGCUGCCGCUGUAGUUCUCCGACAGGGCUCAGGCGGAUGUUUAGACGCUGUUUCCGCUGCUAUACAAGUUUUAGAGGACGAUCCAGUGACAAAUGCUGGACGAGGCUCCAAUUUGACCGAAGAUGGCCAUGUAGAAUGCGAUGCUAGUAUUAUGGAUGGUGAUACGGGUGCUUUUGGAGCUGUUGGAGCAGUGCCAGGUGUUCAAAAUGCUAUCCAAAUUGCUGCUUUACUGGCAAAGGAACAAAUGUUGGGAUCGUCUCUGCUGGGCCUUAUACCUCCGAUCUUCCUAGUUGGUGAGGGUGCUCGGACAUGGGCAAAGUCCAAAGGCAUUUGUUUGCCAGAAACUACUGCAGAGGCUGAUGAGUGGUUGGUGACAGAAAGGGCAAAAGUUCAAUGGAAAAGAUACAAGUCAAUGAUUGAACGUGCAAAAGAAGAGAAAAAAAUUUCUAAUGUAACGCAUUCUUGUAGUCCUCAAGACAAUGCUAGAAUAUCAGAAGUCCAAUCACACAAUCCACUGGAAGGCACCACAUGCCAGUCAUCAACGUUAACUGAUGCAGAAAAGGAUUGUACUAUGGACACUGUUGGUGUUAUAUGUGUUGACAAUGAAGGACAUGUCGCAUCUGGGGCCUCGAGCGGUGGCAUUGCAAUGAAGGUCAGUGGACGUGUGGGAUUAGCAGCAAUGUAUGGUUCAGGCUGUUGGGCUUCCUCAAAAGGUCCAUUUGGGGCUCCCUUCAUGGUUGGAGGCUGUGUUUCUGGUGGAGGAGAGUAUCUCAUGAAAGGAUUUGCAGCUAGGGAAUGCUGUGUAUCAUUAUCACUAUCACAGGCUGGUCCAGCCUCUGCUUGCAUGAAAGUUCUACGCAAUUUUGUUCAGGAAAGCAGUCGAUUUAAUACUGAUAAAAGUGCUGGGAUUUUACUUGUCCAGGCUGACAUUCAUAAAUCGGCCCCAGGAAAUCCACAGAAGUUGAAAGCUGUGGAGAUUGCUGCUGCUUACUCUUCCCUUUCGUUUGGAGUGGGAUACUUCGCGAGCUCUAUGGAACGACCCAAGGUGUCCAUUUUGCGAAGUACAAAACAAAACGAUAAGAUGGGAAUCGAUCAUUUUGAAGCACGUAUCGAUCUUUCAGACAAUGGGAAGCUCUAAUUGCAUUCAAGUAUUUUACUAUUCUAUUUCAAGAUUGAGAUGCAGGAAUCGUGCACUCUCCAUCUUCGUCACGGUCCUAUUCCACACAGAAAAAUGGUCACAGAUGUAGAACUUCCAUUCUGUUUUGUUAAUUCAAGUACAAUCUGAAGAUGCAGAUAAACGGCAUUGAUCGUUCAGAUCAGAUGCAAUUCCCACGGUACGUAGCUGCUAUAUGAUGUCUUAACUCAUGUUCUCCCCAAAUUUAAGGUUAUUAUUUAGUUGUAGCCAUUGAGCAUCUUCUGAAGCAUGAAUUUCUCCUGUGAACCAACUCGCUGGUGAUUUUCUUAAGCUGUGUAUAACGGCUGAAUAUAUCGAGCAUUUAUUUAUUAUC